CCGGAAGCGGCUGCAACAUGUGUCCCUCCUCCCCGUCUGGGCGGCCUGGUUUCCGGUUUCCGGCCUGUGUUUCAGGGUCUGCUGAGGCGGUGGGAGGAGGAAGGAUGGUUCUAAUCAAGGAAUUGUGAGUUCGCUCUCAGCGGGGGCCACAGCCGGGGGAGGAGCCGGGUUACUGGGGGCCACAGCUGGUUACUGGGGGCCACAGCCGGGUUACUGGGGGCCACAACUGGUAGAGGAGCCGGGUUACUAGGGGCCACAGCUGGUAGAGGAGCCAGGUUACUGGGGGCCACAGCCGGGUUCCUGGGGGCCACAGCGGGUAGAGGAGCCAGGUUACUGGGGGCCACAGCUGGUUACUGGGGGCCACAGCUGGUUACUGGGGGCCACAGCUGGUUACUGGGGGCCACAGCUGGUGGAGGAGCCGGUUAGUGGGGUCCACAGCCAGGUUACUGGGGGCCACAGCUGGUAGAGGAGCCGGGUUACUGGGGGCCACAGCUGGUAGAGGAGCCAGGUUACUGGGGACCACAGCUGGUAGAGGAGCCGGGUUACUGGGGGCCACAGCCGGUAGAGGAGCCGGGUUACUGGGGGCCACAGCCGGUAGAGGAGCUGGGGGCAAGCUGAGAUCCGGUUAAAAGGAUCCUAGCUGGGAAGUCGGUUUGCUGUAGGAAAAGGAUCCUACGGUGAGGGAAACCAUCCUAGCAGGGGGCUGUUGGGAAAAGGAUCUAGCGGGGACGCUGUCGGGAAAGGAUCCUAGCUGGGGCUCGCUGUGGGAAAAGGAUCCUAGCAGGGGACUUUGCUGUCGGGAAAAGGAUCCUAGCCAGGGAUCGACCGUCGGGAAAAGGAUCCUAAGCCGGGAGACUGCCAUCGCUGGGGGAGGACUCACUGUCGGUGGAUCCUAGGGGACGGGGGACUCUCUGUUGGUGAAGGAUCCGUGGGGAAAAGGAUCCCAGCGGGGACUCACCGUCGGGGAAAAGGAUCCUAGCUGGGACUCGCUGUCGGGAAAAGGAUCCCAGCGGGGAGGGGACCCGCUGUCGGGAAAAGGAUCCCAAAGGGGGACUCUGUCGCGGAAAAGGAUCCUAGCGAGGGACUCGCUGUCGGGGAAAAGGAUCCUAGCGAGGGGACUGCUGUCGGGGUAAAAGGAUCCUAGCGCGGGACUGCUGUCGGGUAAAGGAUCCUGGCGGGGGCUCUGUCGGGGGAAAAGGAUCCUAGCAGGGGGACUCGCAUCGGGAAAGAUCCUAGCAGGGGUGCGCUGUCGGGAAAGGAUCCUAGCAGGGGACCGCUGUCGGGAAAAAGAUCCUAGCGCUGGUCGGGGAAAAGGAUCCCAGCAGGGGGACUCGCUGGGAAAAGGAUCCUAGCAGGGGGACUGGCUGUCGGGGAAAAGGAUCCUAGCAGGGGGGAGGGGAAAAGGAUCCUUCGCCGCUGUCGGGAAAGGAUCCUACCUGGCGAGGGAGGGGAUUCUAAUCCUAGCUGUGGGGAUUGGCGCUGUCGGGAAAGGAUCCUAGUGGGGGCUUCGCUGUCGGGGAAAGGAUCUUGGCGGGGACUGGCUGUGGAAAAGGUCGGGGAAAAAGAUCCUGCGGGGACCUCACAGUGGGGAAAGGGAUCGCUAAAAGAUCCAGGGGGACUCACUGUGGGAAAAGGAUCCUAGCGGGGGAUUUCGCUGUCGGGAAGGAUCCUAGCGGGGAGACUUGCUGUCAGGGAAGGAUCCUAGCGGAGACUUUGCUGUCAGGGAAAGGACCUCGCUGUCGGGGAUAAAAGGGAUCCCAGCGAGGUGGAGGCUCCAGCUGUCGGGAAAAGGAUCCAGCAGGAGGAGGGGACUCACCGUCGGCCAAAAGGAUCCUAGCUGGGGAUUCGGCGGCCGGUAAAAGGAUCCUAGUGGGGGGCUCGCUGGGGGGAAAAGGAUCCUAAUGGGGGGGGUGGAACUCGCUGUCAGGGAAAAGGACCCUAGCGGGAGUGGGGGGGGACACGCUGUCGGGUUAAAGGAUCCAAGCGGGGGGGGGGCCAGGGCUGACUGAGUAUUGUGUGAAUUGGAGGCCACAUUUUGCUUUUUUUGAUAACCAAGCCCAACAGUGGAGGGAGGCAGCUUGAAUUAUGUCACUAAUUUAACAGUGAAAAAGCUGUAUUGAGAAUUAUAUAGAGAUACUGAAACCCAUUCAAGGUUAGGUGGUUAUAUUUGCCCCCACUUAGCAAAGUGUGUGCAUGUGGUAUGGAGAGUGGGGGAUAAUCUAUGUAAAUUACAUUUUAUCAUCAGUAAUGUGUUUCUAAUGUUCCCUCUCUUACAGCCGUGUUGUUCUGCCCAUAUCUGUGGAAGAAGUAAGUGUGUGCCUGUGUAUUCUGCCUGUUUGUCACGGCUUAGCUUUUUUUUGUACACUAUAUGUCCAAAAGUAUGUGGACACCCUUACUAAUCAUUGCAUCCAUUGCUAACCAUGUAUAAAAUCCUGCAUAUUGCCGUGAAAUCUCUAUAGACAUGGAGUGGCUGUACAAUGGGUCAUACAGACGAACCCAGUGAUUCAAACUUGGCACCUGCACCACAAGUCGGUUCUCCAAUCAACUGUGUAUGAUUAUUGUCUUGGAGCAUCAAAACCCCAGCCUUAAACUGCUACUUUCACUCAUACUUGGAGAGGCAGAGCAUAUUGCGUAAGAUUUCUGCAUCAUUCUAAGCAGCGUUCCAAACUGUCUCUGAAAGCGGCAUUAACACAAGAACUACACAUCAGGAAAUGGGUUUCCAUGACAGAGCAGCAUAACACAAGCUGCACAUCAACAUGCACAAUGUCAUGCGUCGGCUGGAGUGAUGUGGAUCAUGUCGCCACAUGAUUCUGGAGCAGAGGAACCAUGUUCUCUGGAGUGAUGAAUCAUAAAUCACGGUGAAAGAAAUCUAGGUUUGGCAGAUGCAAGGAGAACACUAGCUACUGGAAUGUAUAGUGCCUACUGUAAAAGUUUGUGAAGGAGGGACAAUGGCUUGGGUCUGUUUUUUCCUUCCAUACGAUUUGACACAUCUUGGCCCCUUAGUUCCAGUGAAGGCUCAUCUUAAUGCUACAAGAUACGAAAAUAUUUUAGACAACUGGAUUUUUACAACUUUGUGUUAACAGUUCGGAGAAAGCUUUCCUGAUCCAGCUUGAUUAAGCCCUUGUGCAUAAAGCAAGGUUCACGAAGACAUUUGAUGGGUUUUGUGUGGACGAACUAGAGUAUGCUGCACUGUCCAUUAACCUCGACCCCACUGAACAUCUUUGGGAUUAAUUGGAACAUCAAUUGUGAGCUAGACCUUCUUGUCCAACAUCAGUGAAUAAUGGAGAGUAACUCCAUAUUAAUCCCUGUGGUUUUGUAAUUGAAUGUCCAACAAGGUCGUUAAAGGUGUGAUGGUCAGGUGUCCACAUACUUUGGACUUAUAGUUGUAAUUACUUGGCAUGCAAGAGAUUUCUUUGUGUGGUAUGCUUUGCAGCAGGAUAGUAAUUGAUGCUACAGCAUGAAAUGACCCCUAUUAAUCCUACGUUUGUUUAAUUUUCUGUGUGUGUAUUGUGUAUUUUUGAUAUAUGACAGUACCAGGUGGGUCAGCUCUUCUCCGUUGCUGAAGCCAGUAAGGAUAACACCGGAGGGGGGGAAGGUAUCGAAGUUCUUAAGAAUGAACCAUACGAGAGGGACGGCGAGAAGGGACAGUAUACCCACAAAAUAUAUUACUUACAGAGGUAAGAGUUUAUUUACAGACCGGACCUUCAAGAGCUGUGUUUCACAAACCGAUCCACAUGACCCAGCAACAUGGGGGGAUGGGCGGCAUAUGGGGUCUGAAAAUGGUAUGACCCCAUAUGUUAAGGCAGUGCCCAGGGACUCCAGCCCAUGUAAUAACUUCACUGAGAUGGAGAGACUCUUUAAAUAUCUUAACAUUUCAAAUCCUAUUUUAUUUUACGUAAUAUAUUGUUUGUAUGUAACUGUAGACUUUCUUGAACCCUUAAAGUUUUGAGGUUAGUGAGAGCAUUUUUAGUGUGUUUAUCUCUCCUGGAAGAUUAACCUUGUGAUGCAGCAAACGUUUAAUUUGUAGUAAUGGCUUUUGUCCAUUGUUGGAUUGAUACCCUUCUUCUUCUUUCUGUUGUGUUGUAGUAAAGUCCCUGGUUUUGUUAAAAUGUUGGCCCCUGAGGGAUCCUUGGUAGUCCAUGAGAAAGCCUGGAACGCGUAUCCGUACUGUCGCACAAGUAAGCCCGUGGUCUGAGUCUGUCUCUGAACACUGUAAUCUGUUAAAGCAGCACUUUCUAACAUGUUUCCUUUUUCUCCCUGUCGCUCCCCGCUGCGUUUGUGGAUUUGUUCGGCACUCAUAGUUGUAACGGUAAGUUUAAACAUUUCUACCAUUGGCUUUAAUGAGUAGCUAAACCGGAGAUAUAUAUAUUUUUUUUUACUGCAAUUAUAAUCACACGUUUAAGGUUAGCUUGAAUACAUCGUAAUACAUUUAUCAUCAUCUUGUUUUGUCAGGGAUUCCUCUCUAUAUUUACUUUAAUAAAUUCUGGGUUCAUGCCCUAAUCUAGCCCUUUGACCACUUCAGACCUAAACUCCCAUCCUUCCUAAUUUAAUUACAUUGUGUGUUGGUUUUCUUUUUAUUAAUUAAAAAUACAAAAAGUUUACAGAAGAAUUAAUAAAUAAACGUCAUAGACACCGUUAUACAAUUUACUUUUUUUACACUCUGGGUAUUAUUCAUUCAACUGUGAAUUUUAAAGGCAAAGAGUACAUUUUUGGGCUGACUUGGACUAGGAUUUAUUACUUGUAUUACAGUUCUAUAUUUCUUGUGUGCUGUAUUUUACACUUUUAUAUGUACAUUUUCAGCAUGUAGUAAUUUUCUGUAGAAUAUUUACAAUAUACUGAGUUAUUCACUAAGUGGAGAAUUCACAUGAAUUUUAGGUGAAUUCCAAAUUUAAGGUCAAAGUAACCGAGCUGGAAAAGUGUUUGUUUUUUAUUUGAACUACUCUGGCCUUGACUUUGAAAUUCCUGACAUUUCUCACAUUACUGAAUAGCCCUGUACAGUGUGGAGGAUACUAAUCGACACGCUGGUCCUAGUUUGGGCAAAUUAUAAGGUGCAGCUAUGUGUAUGUGUCUUCAUGGAGGACACCCAAGGAUUCUAAUGUUUUGUUUUGGAUUUUCAGAACGAGUACAUGAAAGACGAUUUCUUCAUCAAAAUUGAGACAUGGCAUAAACCUGACUUGGGCGAUCAGGAAAAUGUAAGCCCUUGUGUUCACUAUAUAACCUUAUGUCACAGUCCUUUCCUUCUUGCCUCCACGUUGAGUGUUCCUCUCUCCUCCCUGUGUGACAGGUACACUGUUUGGAUGCCGAGACGUGGAAAGACGUGGAAGUUGUGAAUAUCGACAUUGCUGAUCGUUCACAAGUCUCGGAAGAUGUGAGUAGCAACCGCAUUGGCUGAGAGAUCUGGUGUGUGUGGCAUGAUGUUUGCAAUAAAGUUAGACUCAACCUGGCGUCCUCGAUUUGAGUGCCGCCCUGUGUUGGUGUAUAUAUUCACUCUGUGCUGACCUGUCGUCCUCUGUGAGUGCUGCUCUGUGUUGGUGUAUAUAUUCACUCUGUGCUGACAUGUCGUCCUCUGUGAGUGCUGCCCUGGGUUGGUGUAUAUAUUCACUCUGUGCUGACAUGUCGUCCUCUGUGAGUGCCGCCCUGUGUUGGUGUAUAUAUUCACUCUGUGCUGACAUGUCGUCCUCUGUGAGUGCCGCCCUGGGUUGGUGUAUAUAUUCACUCUGUGCGGACAUGUCGUCCUCGAUGUGAGUGCCGCCCUGUGUUGGUGUAUAUAUUCACUCUGUGCUGACAUGUCGUCCUCUGUGAGUGCCGCCCUGGGUUGGUGUAUAUAUUCACUCUGUGCUGACAUGUCGUCCUCGAUGUGAGUGCCGCCAUCUGUUGGUGUAUAUAUUCACUCUGUGCUGACAUGUCGUCCUCGAUGUGAGUGCCGCCAUCUGUUGGUGUAUAUAUUCACUCUGUGCUGACAUGUCUUCCUCUGUGAGUGCCGCCCUGGGUUGGUGUAUAUAUUCACUCUGGGCUUACUAAAUUACCAGGGAACGUUGUAGAUAGACAUAAUGUAAGAUUGCGUUCUCCUCAAGCCGUGGGUACCAUUCCCGCGACUGACACGAGUGGCAUACCUGGAUUCUUGUUAUAAGUUGUGGGAUGCAGUGACGUUUAUACUAUACAACUUCUAGGACAGUGUUUCCCAAACCAGUUCUCAAAACCCACCAGCAAUCCAGGUGGUGUCAGUAUCUUUAUUGGAAUAAAACUGGAAAAUACGUCAAUCCUGGGUUGUUGGUGAGCCAUGGGACUGUGUUGAGAACCACUGCUCUAGGAAAGUCAUGGUAGAUUGUCUAGAAAGUGGCAGUAGGUCAUUUUGUCAUGAAACGUUGACAGACUCUUGUCCUUUGUUUUAUUCUACAGUUUUAAAUGUGUGGAUGAGCAGACAUUCUUUACCCGUUUUUCUGGUUUUGGUCUCUCUAAUUGCUCUGUUAAUCUUCUGAGUAGUCUUUCAGAAUGCAUUGCUCUCUGGGUGGAUAGGGAAGGAUGUCCAAUCAAGCUCAUUCCAUGCCCGGCUUCAUGGGCCGAAAUGAGAGAUAAAGUAUUUAACCAUUUGUUUCACGUUGCUGCCUCUAAUUCUUUUUUCAGGAUUAUAAACCCAAUGAAGAUCCUGCGACCUUCAGAUCAGAGAAGACUGGUCGAGGGCCAUUAAACCAGGAUUGGAAGGUGGGAGCUUUUCGUUUACAUGUCUGCUGUUUGCACUCAGGGGAUUUCCAUCUGUCCAGGUGACUAACCCACUUUUUCUGGCUGCAGAGGGAACUGGCCAAUAACCCCUCAUCCCCUCACAUGUGUGCCUACAAACUGGUGACAGUGAAGUUUCGAUGGUGGGGACUCCAGGGCAGAGUGGAGAAAUUUAUUCAGAAGGUAAGUCUUCGUUACUAUACCGUGGCACAGGAUGGCUCAAUCAAAGAGCUCUAUGUCUCCAUACAUUAGGUAUAGCGUGUAGGUGUUUAUACCUCUGUAUAGGGAGUCGGGUCCUUCUGCACUCCAUGUUGCUGGAUGGUCUGUCCAGUUUUCCCACCUACUCCAGUCUGUGCUUCAUUUGUUACCUCCAUUUGCAGAUUUGUAUUUAUUUUAAUUAAUUUAGCCUUUUAUCUCUCCCUCCGGCAGCAAGAGAAACGUCUCUUCACGAAUUUCCACAGGCAGCUGUUUUGCUCGCUGGACCGGUGGGUAGAUCUGACCAUGGAGGACAUCCGUCGGAUGGAGGACGAGACACAGAGAGAGCUUGAUGAAGUGAGAUGCAGUGGGCAGGCAUUCUGUGCUAUAAUGGGGGUUUCUUUGCCUUGCUGCUGUAUAAAUCCUGAUUUGUCUCCUGCUUUUUUUGCAGAUGCGACAGAAAGGAGCUGUUAGAGGGAUGACUGCAAAAGAUGAUUAAAGUGUCUGGGUGCCCAGAUGUAAUGGGUGAGUGUAAUUGUAAAAGGAAUUCUCUGCGUUCAGCUCUCUCUUCACCUCAAACUUUGAGUUUCAGGCAUACCUGUAAGAAAGGUUGGACCAGCCACAAAACACAUACAGAUCUAGUGUUUUGUAUUGAACAUGGAAUAAAAUCCAUUUACACUGCUGAUAAAUAGAGCUGGUCUUGAUUUCCCUGGCAUGUCUGAGAGAUCAUAAAUCAAUAUCCUGCAGUACACAUGUCAACCACAGAGAGGCAGAAUUACAAUGAUUUUGACGUCUUUGGUUGUCACCGUGUAACAUGGUUCUCUACAGCUCAAGGUAUGUUCCAUACAAUGCUGUAAUACGGCUCUUUCGUCUUCUACUUCCUCUGACAUUUGUCAGUCACACAAGGUGAGCCUUUGUUUAUCUUAUACUAUAAAAAAAUGAAAACUAUUACAUUAUUUUUCUGUAUUUUUCUUAAGUUGGUUUUGUUUUUUGUUGGCAUUUCUAGAGAUAUAAAUCUCUACGUAUCUCUGCAAUGUUUACACACUGGUAUUAAAGCUACGUUGUGUGUGUGUCUGGGCUCUGAUUUUCCCAAUCCCUUGGGGACACUGGCAGGAGUUACAUCCUAAACGUGGUACUGGUGAGAGCUACAAUAGCAGAAUUAGCAAACAUGCCAAAAUAGGGAAUAAAAGCUUAGUAGCGUGUCCUUCGGUUACUCCGCUAUAUUAAGGUUUAGCACAUUUGUUACAGUCAAAACCUAUACCUUUUGCAUAUCGUAUGAUCCUACCCACAACAUGCAGUGACAACAGAUGAUCAGCCACCUUUUGGAUUUCGUUAUUGAUGUCUUAUAGAUACCCCUCUAUACACUGAGCGGAAAGGAUCUAGCCCUGGACCUCUUUAUAUAGUUACAUAGCUGAAAAGAGACUUGCGUCCAUCAAGUUCAGCCUUCCUCACAUUUGUUUUUUGCUGUUGAUCCAAAAGAAGGCAAAAAAACCCAGUUUGAAGCACAAUUUUGCAACAAGCUAGGAAAAAAAAAAUUCCUUCUUGACCCCAGAAUGGCAGUCAGAUUUAUCCUUGGAUCAAGCAGUUAUUACCCUACAUUGAAAGAUUAUAUCCUUGAAUAUUCUGUUCUUGCAAGUAUGUAUCUAGUAGCCAUUUGAACAUCUGUAUGGACUCUGAUAAAACCACUUCCUCAGGCAGAGAAUUCCACAUCCUGAUUGUUCUUACAGUAAAAAAACCUUUCCUUUGCCUUAGACGAAAUCUUCUUUCUUCCAGUCUAAACGCAUGACCUCGUGUCCUAUGUAAAGUCCGGUUUGUGAAUAGAUUUCCACACAAUGGUUUGUAUUGGCCCCGAAUAUAUUUGUAUAGUGUUAUCAUAUCCCCUCUCAGGCAACGUUUUUCUAAACUAAAUAGGUUUAACUGUAUUAACUUUUCUUCAUAGCUGAUAUGUUCCAUUCCUUUUAUUAAUUUUGUAGCCCGCCUUUGCACUUUUUCUAGUGCCAUAAUAUCCUUCUUUAGAACAGGUGCCCAAAAUCGCACAGCAUAUUCAAUAUGUGGUCUUACCAGUAAUUUAUAAAGAAGUAAAAUGAUAUUCUCAUCCUGAGAAUGAAUGCCCUUUUUCAUGCAUGACAAUACCUUUCUGGCCUUAGCCACUGCUGAUUGACAUUGCACAUUGUUGAAUAGUUUGUCUAUAACAAUUCCCAAGUCCUUUUCGUGUGUUGUUAUCCCUAGUUCACUUCCAUUAAGGGUAUACGUUGCUUGUGUAUUCCUUACGCCGAAGUGCAUAACUUUGCAUUUUUCAACAUUAAAUUUCAUCUGCCAUUUGAGUGCCCAGGCCCCCAUUCUAUCUAAAUUCCUCUGCAGCAAAGUAAUACCUUGUUCACAUUGUAUUAUUUUACAGAGUUUUGUGUCAUCUGCUUUUUUCUUUUUUUCUCUUCAAUAUUCGGGGGAGCCCUGAAAUCUUUUGCCAGUGGGUCAGAACAAAAUGCAAUAGCAGAGUUUCAAUAAAGUUUUUUUUUAAUUAUUUAUUUUUUGCAAAAAAACCCCCAAUGAUUUGUCAUCAAUAUAUAUAAUUUUUUUACAAGUUUUUUUGUUCAAUGCCAGCAAGAUUAUUUUGAUCACAAGUGAUAUCCAUUUUUUAAGUUAAACUGUAUUCAUUUUAUUCUUUAAAGGGACACUAUAGGCACUAAAACAACUUUACUGUAAUUAUGUGUUUUGGUGUUUAGAUAAUGCCCCUGUAUCUCACUGCUAAAUUCUCUGCCAUUUAUGAGUUAAAUCACUUUGUUAAUGCAGGCCUAAUCACACCUCCCUGCAUGUGACUUACACAACCUUUCUCAACACUUCCUGUAAAGAGUGAUCUAAUGUUUACACUUCCCAUAUUGCACAGUUUAUUUAAUUUUAGGAUUUCUAUUCUUCUGCACUGUUAACAGGCUUCUAUACCCUGCAGGACCCUCCUGCAUGUGAUGAAAGUUCAAUUUCCAGAGCAGGUUAUAAAACUUCUAAAGCAUGAUAAGAUCUGGGUGAAAAUGAAACCAUUUUGCUUUCAUGCAGGCCGUGUCAGUCACAGCCAGGGGAGGUGUGGCUAGGGCUGUAUAAACAGAAGCAUAAGGGAUUUAACGCCUAAAUAUCAGAGAAUUGAGCAGUGAGAAUGUAUGGCCGUAUUUUAUACACAAACACUGCUUCUUUAACCCCUUAAGGACACAUGACGUGUGACAUGUCAUGAUUCCAUUUUAUUCCAGACGUUUGGUCCUUAAGGGGUUGAGCUAAAGUUGUUCAAUCAAGUUUAUUGUAACAAUCCUAGGACUCUGUCAUUUUAAUUCACUGCCUUCAUUGUGUCCCUUUCCUUGCAGAUUCCCCUCAGGCUCCAGCCUGUCCAAUCUUCCUUCCUCUCUUGUGCUGGAUUUUUCCUGCGUGUGUUCUACGAAGAACUUGUGACAUUGAGGGACCCACCACAGAUCCUCAAUCUCCGACUUUAUAUUCCGUUUUUCUUUUGACGUCCUGGCUUCUGUUACCCACCAUCCAUUCUUAUGCGUUUACCUGCAACAGACCUCCAGAGCCAUCCAUCCUUCAAGUAGUCCCUGCCAGACCUUCAUUACCGUCUCACCAGUAAAGGAGGAGGGAUGAAGGGCGUGGGGUAAAAAUGACCAUGUGUGCGCGUGUCUUGGAACAGGCAGCAUGUCUCCGUCAUGGACCGAGGAAUCCUCUUUCUGUCACUUUACCCCUUUGUCCUCGUGCUGGGAAUGUGGACGUUUUGGACUCUGGGUGGGAUGUAUGUUGUCAAAAUCUGCACAUUGGCCAAUGCAAAUAUAUAAAUGGAUACUUCAGAACAGUUACUGACAUUUGUUGCUUCUCCAUUUGUACAUGUAAACUGUACAUGUAUUAAUGUAUUCAUAUACAGAGUGCACCCGCCUGCUUCCGUCCUGCUCUUACAAUUACUGAGGCCCUGAGUGCGCAGUCGAGACAGCAGAACAGGCAACGAGUUUCCUGGUUUAGUGCUCUGAUUGAAAAUAUUACAAGUUGGGGCUGGUUUUAAUGGUUUAAUGUCUCCUUUAAGGAUGAAUGAUAUUUUCCAGAGGAGGAUUGGUAAUUGUUGCUAUCGUUAGUAGAAUUACCCAGCAGAGGAGGGGAUGGCCAGGUCGGUGUGUUGCUCUGCAGUCACACUUCAAAUGCCAUUUUCAGGGUCCAAGAGAGAGGUAAGGAAGCAUUAUGUUGCGAAGCGGACCAGGAGCAGAAUUACUUGGGGUAGGGAGUGGGUUCUUAUCAUACCUGAGAGGGGCAGACGCAGUUAGUAAAUUUUUUUUUUUUUUUUUAGGGUAUAAUGUGACAUUUAUGGAAAUAAAACUAUAACAAUGAGCUUUGUGUGUUCAUGUGGUCUGUAGCAGUAAAAGGGAUAAUAAAGGUGGAGCAGAGUGAUUGCCCUGUUUAUCCCGUUUGUACAGAUUCAUCCUCUAGAUGGCAGUGGAGUGUGAGAGAGCAUCCGCUUUUUGAUGCACAAAGUGAGAGGGACAGAGAUGGCACUCAGGGAACUGGCGAAGAAUGCGCUGUGGAUCUGGAAGAGAGUGAGAUUAUUAGGAGUACUUAAGGAGAGCCAGGACUGUGAGACGAGAUUCAGAGUGGGUUUGUAAGAGACCUGCAAGGAUGACAGUAGUUGGACCUCUGCUAGGGAUGUAAUGAGCAGGAGAACAGACACUGGAGAAGGUGCUGGAAAGCGUGGCUAAAGAAAAGCCUGUAAAGCUACCAAAUUCAUGAAGACAGCAUAUAGUUACACACCCACGUGAACAUUUACUCACCCAGUAGGGGUCUCUGUUUAAAGGGCCGGUGAGCAGCAGGAACAGAGGAUGCUGGGAGAGGGUGAGGAGCGAUGACAGAAAUAUGUAAAUUCCAAGCAGUGCCCCGUAGUGCCGCUCCGGAAACCUGAAAUAUGGAAUUGGUAGCAUUGUAUUUGAUGAGCGGGCAGUGCUGAGAAAUCACACGUUGUCAGUACUCACCACGUGUUAAACAGCGAGAACGUGACAAGGAACAUGGAACUUCUAACCAACACGUGUAGCACAAACCCUAAAACCUGAAAGAGACAGAACAGAAAUGGCAGCAGGGAAAACGCUUUGACACAGAGUGCUACUUACUGCCACGGGGAUAUCUACGGAGACAUACUGAGUGCUACUCACUGCCACGGGGAUAUCUACGGAGACAUACUGAGUGCUACUCACUGCCAUGGGGAUAAAUACAGAGGCCGAUACUGAGUGCUACUCACUGCCACAAGGAUAUCUAUGGAGACAUACUGAGUGCUACUCACUGCCACAAGGAUAUCUAUGGAGACAUACUGAGUGCUACUCACUGCCAUGAGGAUAUCUAUGGAGACAUACUGAGUGCUACUCACUGCCAUGAGGAUAUCUAUGGAGACAUACUGAGUGCUGCUUACUGCAAUGAGGAUAUCUAUGGAGACAUACUGAGUGCUACUAACUGCCAUGGGGAUAUAUACAGAUACUGAGUGCUAAUCAGUGUUAGAUAUUGUCAGACAAUGAGUUCUACUCACUGCCAGGGAUAGACAUUGAAAGCUCUGAGACAAUGAGAUCCCUCGUCUAAUACCUGCAGCCCCAGGGAGGGGACGAGACAGCUCACUCCAAACCCAAUAACAGCGAGAAUCCUGAGAGUGUACACUACAACUAGCCUCUCAAUCGAGCUCUGAGACUUGCACCUAAUGCAGAGAAAGAACAUAUCAGGACAGGCUCCCCCAGUGCUGGCUGCGUGAGAACAUAUCAGGACAGGCUCCCCCAGUGCUGGCUGCGUGAGAACAUAUCAGGACAGGCUCACACAGUGACUUUUUCUAACGUCGGAUUAUUUGUAAUAUUUUUGACUGACCUUGUUCUGGAGGUCUCGCUGCCUGUCUGGGAGUUUCUGGCUGUUUGUAGAAGCCAUGAAAUGAGUGGGGCUGUAAAGAGGCCUAGCAUUUGCAAUGCUCCAAAAAGCGACGAGUAAAAAUCUAAAGGGUAAAGAAAUGAUUAAUAAAGUGAUGUAUGGACGGAUUAAAGGAAUACUAGAGGCUCUCUAAUGGCUGCCUCUCAUUGAAGUGGUUUUAGUGUCUGGGGUCCCCUGGCACUGUCCUCCCUUUCAGUUUUAUUCUGUUUUUAAUGAUUUAAUACUAAACAUCCUCUCUGUUUUACCUGGGCUAAUAAGGAAGCAUUAUCCUGAGCUGCAAGGGGCGGCUGUGAUUGGCUGAGACUGUCAGCUGACUGCAUUCAGCCUAUCACAGUGCCCAUUGCUGGCAUAAUAUGAUAUGGCUGAAGGAAGUGUGUAAUCUUGGUCUUAACCACACCUCCAGUGGGGGCGGAGCUCUGGGAAGCCAGGGAACCUUAUUUAGUGUUAAACUGCUCCACAAUGGUUGAACACUGAAUGCAGGGGCACUGCCAGGUGACUUUAUGUCCUAUAACCACUUCAAUGUGAUGAAAUGGUUUAACACUGAAUGGAGGGACAGCGCCAGAGGACUCCAGGUACUAUAACCACUUCAAUGUGAUGAAAUGGUUUAACACUGAAUGGAGGGACAGCGCCAGAAAACUUCAGGUACUACAACCACUUCAAUGUGAUAAAAUGGUUUAACACUGAAUGGAGGGACAGCGCCAGAGGACUCCCAAGUACUAUAACCACUUCAAUGUGAUAAGAUUGUUUAACACUUAAUGGAAGGACAGCGCCAAAGGACUCCAGGCACUAUAAUCACUACAGUUAGAUUAAAUGGUUAAACAGUGUCCCUUUAAUGGUCUCCAUGAUGUUGUUUUACCUGCAGUCUUGUGAUUCUCUGUUAUACUCUGAAGAUGGAGGUUGAGGGAUGAAAUGUAGAAGUGGAGCCAGGAGAGGAGCAGACAGUCGGAGAUCAUGUGCAGAAUAAAUGGGGCACUCAGAAGGCUGUGCUGCAGAGGGGGCCCUGUGCCUGGGGCAGGGAGAACACAGCAACAAGGUUUAAAUAGCGCCAUUUACUCUGUGGGGUUUGUUCACUCAACUGCGCAUUGUGAUAAGCUGACAAUCCGUUCAGAGUUUGGGCUAAAAUAGUCACUUAGAGGUUAAUUUUUAAAAUCAAUUGAUUUGUACCCCGAAUAUUAAAGUCCUUUGCCCAACC